AUGUCCGCUGACCUCACUUGGCUCCUUCUCCGAAACUACAACUCUUUCCAGGUCAAGGGUGGCCACGGUCCCACUUUCUCCAAGGAGAAGGGAAACCUCCUCAACAAGUCUUCCCAGAAGUACUCCGGCCUCGCCAACUCCAAGGUCGUCGCCGUCGCUGCUUCCCCCAACGGUGGUGUGACCAUCACCAAGAUCAAGGCCGACGCCAAGCCCAACCAGGUCGCUUCUGCCCGAUCCCACGUCGCCCUCAAGCGAUCCACCGGUCCCCGACGAGCUAACAAGAUCGUUGCCGGUGAGACCGCCGGUAAGGGUUACCGAGCCGACCUCCGAGCUGUCGCCGUCGCCCGAACUUCCGCCCUCCUUCUCGCCCAACGCCGAACCGCCAACCCCCCCAAGACCAUCCAGCGUGGCCGCAAGCAGGCUCCUUCCGCCGUCGGCAAGGCUGCCGCCGAGGAGGAGGUUGAGGAGAUUGUCGUUGACGUCGAGUAA